CCAAGGUCUGGCGAUUAGCGCUUCUCGGUCGUCCGUACAACCACUCAAUGAAAGACUUGUUGGUCGGAGUUACGUAACUUAUUUUUGACUCGAGUGCAUCCUGCUGACACGAGAGUGGAGCAUGCCAGAAUUUAGAGUUUGACAACGGUCGUGUCUGAAAGGACGAAACGAUGAUAGUGAACGCAAUGGCUUCAUUCUCAGCAACAUUGACGGCAACAUCGACAAACCUCCCGAGUGUCCUCCAAAACGGCACAUCAAACGAUACAAACGUCGCCACCGUAGGCAACCCUCACCCCCACUGGUCGGAGUUGCUCUUGUUGAUCGUGAAAGGGUUUAUUUUCGGAACGAUAAUCGUCAGUGCCGUGUUGGGCAACGCUCUGGUGAUAAUAAGCGUCCAUCGACACAGAAAACUAAGAGUGAUCACGAAUUAUUACGUAGUGAGCUUGGCGAUGGCCGAUAUGUUAGUAGCAUUGUGCGCGAUGACUUUCAACGCUAGCGUGGAACUAACGGGAGGCAAAUGGCUGUUCGGUUAUUUCAUGUGUGACGUGUGGAAUUCCCUAGAUGUGUACUUCUCCACCGCCUCGAUUUUACAUCUGUGUUGCAUUAGUGUGGAUCGGUACUACGCUAUCGUGAGACCGCUGGAAUAUCCUAUAACCAUGACUCAUCGGACGGUUUCGUUUAUGCUAGCCAACGUUUGGACUUUACCAGCGUUGAUCAGUUUCACACCCAUUUUCUUAGGGUGGUACACUACGGAAGACCAUAUCGACUUCAGAAAAACAAAUCCCAAUGUUUGCAAAUUUGUUGUUAAUCAAUACUACGCACUAAUCAGCAGUUCAAUAAGUUUCUGGAUACCAGGGAUAGUGAUGGUAACAAUGUACUGCAGAAUAUACAAAGAAGCUAUCCGACAGCGCAAAGCUUUAUCCAGGACUUCCUCAAAUAUCAUCCUAAAUUCAAUCCACCAACACAGGACUUCCUACAGAGACAGAUAUGGAGACCAUUUCUUGCAUCCAUCCGAUGGUGAAUUGACUACAGUAGGACAAAUUAAUGGUCGAAGAAGUACAAGUUCAGGAUCAGCAGUAUCGUACGGUACAACCACUACUGAAUUCAAUACAGCAAUGAACAGCAGAGACAACAGUAAAGCAGCAACAGAACUCAAUAUGAACGGAACCUCCAUUCGCCAACAGUCCAAAAGCUGGAGAGCUGAGCACAAGGCCGCCCGCACCUUGGGCAUAAUAAUGGGUGCUUUCAUGUUAUGUUGGCUUCCUUUUUUCUUAUGGUAUGUGAUAACGACGCUUUGUGGUGACGACUUGUGUCCGACACCCGACUGGCUAAUCGGCAUGUUGUUCUGGGUUGGCUACUUCAAUUCAGCCCUGAAUCCGGUGAUUUACGCCUACUUUAACAGAGACUUCCGGGAAGCUUUCAAAGACACCCUGCUUUGCGCCAUGCCAUGCUGCUUCACGUGUUGGAAGAAUCCUGCAAGGUUUCUUUAGCCACAGGAUACGUCGCCGGCUUACCAAGACGAGAAACUCUAACGAGCCGGACAAAACAACAUCUCAUAGAAAUCUUGCAUUGCCGCUGUUAAGUUUUAACGCCGCUUUUAAUGAAUUUUCGGUCGCCAAUUCGAGUAUUGAAAAAAUCUAAUUUUCAGCUAAUUUCCAGACAGGGUCGACGACAGAACUGACGUUCUGCGUAUGUUAUACAUGCAACGAUUUAAACUGUUCAAAAAACGCAGGCAAUAGAAGCGCUUAACGAAAAUUAAAAGACGUCAUGUCGUACACAAAAGCAAUAAAAAAAAGACUUCUUGGCUUUCGUCACAUUCUCAAGGACAUAAAUACGUAAAGAGUUUCCAACCGAUAAAAUCACUAGUUUCUGUGAUAUUAAUUAAAGAAAGUUUGAUUUGAUUGGUUUGUAAAUAGUUUGUUAUACGAAUGUGUGAUAAUAAAGAUGUGAUUUUAAUUUUGUACAUAAAACGCCUAUUUAGGAAGAUUGUACGAUAAAUGUAUGUUUUUUGUUCCACAUUUAUACGUAUUUUGUUCCCGGUCUUCCCUUUCUUAAUUUGUUUUCGCUCAAAAACUGAUGGUUUAAACAUUUCUCAUUUAGUUCCGAGCGAAAUGCGCCCCCAAAUAAAGAGUACUGUUGGGAAUUGAAACCGCAUCGUCUCUUCGUCAAAAAUUAAAUUAUCUCUUUCCAUACGUGUAAUUUUCGACGGUCUAAAUUGAUACACAAACAAAAUUUCUCAAGAGACGGUUUUGCAUUUCAAAUCAUCCCAAUAGUAGCUUUCGGUAAAGCUCCAAAUAGUUCAACUAUUGUUUGUUGCUUGUUGAAAUGUUUCGUUGACGAACCGAUUAAAAUGCAAUUUUUACAAAAAAAAAUAAUUUUGUAUGUUUAUAUUUUUAUUAGUUUGUUGUCGUCUAGACGUAUAUUGUAUACAAAGGCAAAGACAAUCUUGUAGGCCUAUUUUGUAACAAGUUUUAUGUCGAAUGUCAUCAACUAAUCAUUCGUGUUACAUGUCAUGUAUAAAAGAAAUAUACCGCAAAUAUAUUGUUUGUUGAA